GUUUUUUUUAUUUGGAAUAAGUAUAGCCUGGGUCGCUACAGUAAAAUAUCAUCCACGUUCGGCUGGAGUCACACAAAAUGGCUCAUUCGAAUAAGGCAAAGAAGGAAGCGAAAGCGGCGAAUUUGCAGAAACCAGCGACGAAUACUAAGAAUCCCAGCAACCCGCCAAAUAAUGCCCAGCCCAAUGUGCAUGCCCCCAGUCAGGAUCAAUUCCAUGAACUCCUACUCAACACCGUGCAAAAGUCAUGGUUGCGGCUUCGGCAUUUUGUUAUGUCCGAGCUAAGUGGAAGCGAGCUGUUGGAAGCUGCGGCGGUAUGGUGCGCCCGUAAUCCUCACAUUGCCAUCUGUUUGCUGGCAGCUAGCUUGGUAUUUCUUCUACCGUUCCUGAUCAUUUUCGGCUUCGGAAUCGCCACCAUGGUGAUGACUUUUACGGGCCUCUUGGUGCUAGAAGGCACUCUUCUCACUAUUGUCUCUAUGAUGUUCUUUGCAUGUCUGGGUGGCUUUGCUAUCAUUGUUCCGGUGAUUGGAGUUGUUACUGUUGGUGUAUACUUUGGAUUCGCUCAGGUGUAUGGCUUAUAUGACGGAAAGGAGCGCCGCAAGACUGCAGUUAGGUUAGUCAAAGAUCCGCCCAAGCCAUGUGACUUGGUGCCGGCAUCAAAGACAACUUCUGAAGAGCCAGCUGUCAACAAAAUAACUAACUAAAGAAUGGAAGCCUAGUUAUCUAGUUUGUGAAAUUAACUAUUUACUGUACACUACCUAAAUAAUUACAAUAAACUUUUUUUGAAAACAUGA